CGACAACUCAAAACGCCCCCAGUCGGCGUGCCGUCGAAGUUCGAUGGUGACUGCCAGCAUCAUUUCGCGUUUCGCGUUCACUCAACAACGAACGCGAUACUAUCAACAGCCUCUACGCCCCGUGUACUUUGUAUCGGCUCCAAUUUCACAUGGUGACCCGUUUGGUCCACAAUCACAUCACCAUCUGGAGAUGAUCAUCCUUGCAGGGGAGGACUAAUUGAUUUGAGAGUCCACCCUCGUCACAAGGGCCCGCCUAGGCUACGACUAAUUGGGGUUCUGCGUCUCACACUCCGCUGCGCGAUAUUCAACAUCUCUAUCACUUGACGCCCAUUAACUGCGCUUCUUCAUAGAUUGAAUCAUCAGUCUAGUGCAGAUUUCUGCUCAGGUCUUGAUAUUACCAAACUGCCUAGUGUUGACCACCUUAUCUUGGAAACAUCACAAUCCCAUUCAAACCGAAAUCGACAUCGGCUGAGGAUCCUCACGGUGGAUGUCUAGACUCCGUGUCUGUUCCAGACAUGGACAAUGAUUUUCAACUCUUCUCUCCCCGCCGCCACUCUGGUGGGGAUGAGUCUCGAGGAGUGUAUUCACAGCCAGAUAACCCCAGCCAAGAUUGGACCCAGUGGAUGCGAUGGGAUGAGCCUAUGUUGGCCGACAACGAUUCUAAGCGCAUGGAAAGACCAUUGGACCUCCCCUUCGUAUCCCCAAACACCACCUCCAGUUCCCCCGAUCAGCUUCACUCGAUGGACUUCUCUCCGAACCUCCCGCUCGGUCUGAUGGAGAUACCGUCCGGUCAUCACAAUGGAUUGAUUAGCAACUGCAGUAUGAAUGGCCCACAAUCUUCGACCACUCCAGGCCAUCAGCAAUUGGGCCUCGUAUCUCCAAUCUCCAGUGUCGGCACGAGCCGUAAGCGAAAGACCGGCAGCGACGACGACGCCACUACGGUCACUGGACCUGUGCAAUCCGGCAAGAAGAUGCCCGCAAAGAAGCGGGCGCACAAUGUCAUCGAGAAAAGAUAUCGAGCCAACCUCAAUGAGAAGAUUGCAGAGUUACGUGAUAGUGUGCCGAGCCUUCGAGCGACAAGAAAUGCCAACGGCGACUCCAAUGAGGACGAUGAGGACGCCGACAGUGCCACGCCCGCAAACAAGUUAAAUAAAGCUUCAAUCUUGUCCAAGGCAACCGAGUAUAUCAAGCACCUCGAGAUCCGAAACAAACGCCUGGAAGAUGAGAAUACCGACCUAAAGAACCGACUCCGUCAAGUAGACAAGGCGGCUGAUCAGGCGGUUACCUCGAGUGCGUCUGUAUCUUCACCUAGCAACUACACUGCUUCCAGCGAUUCGGGCACCUCUCCGAGUGUAUUCUCUAAUCCCGAGGAGAUCAAUGAAGCCUCCCCCGCUUCAACGAACCCACCGGAGGGCCUGAUCAAAGUCCCUGAUGCGUUCAGGCGCAUGCGAGAGGAGGGUGCAAAAAGUGGAGGAAUUUUCUCUCAGUCAUACCUCCAGUCUACACCCCGAGGCUCGGAUUACGGUCGCGAGGAUGGUUCUCGCCAACGGUCCAAGAUGCCCAACAAGUACAUGCUCGGUGCACUGGCUGGUCUUAUGGUUCUAGAGGGCUUCGGCUCGGACAAAUCCGAGACCGAGCAAAAGGGGUUGUUGGCCGUGCCUCUGAAUCUACUCAAUCGCCUUCAAAUUCCGAACCUUCCCUACCUGGAAUAUUACGUAAAGAGUUUCUGGUCCUCGUGGCACACUCGAGCCAUCUUCCACGUUCUUCUACUUGCUGGCCUGGUUGUUGGAAGCGCUUUCAUCGUCUUUGUUUACCUUUUCAAUGCCCAACCCAUCACGCAGCGCGCUCAUGGGGAGGCUGUGGCAGAGGGCAAGAAUGCGCCGUCCUCGUCGAGCCACUUCCGCCGGCAAGCCUGGCUGACAAGUAUGCAGCGAGUCGGUGUUCCGCGUCAUAGGUUCUUCCGCGAGUGGUACGUGGUGACCUCGAGAUGCUUUGAGUACGUCCUACGAUGCUUCAUGGGCUGGAAACUCUACUCGUGGGCUACUGGUAUCACAGAGGAAGAUGAAAAAGGUCGUGUUAAAACAUGGGAUAUUGCCAUCGACGCCCAGCUUACGGGCGGAGAUAUUGAAAUCAGUAAGAGUCGCCUGGUGCUCACCAUCUUCGCCGCCGGUACUCUGCCUCGAAGCCCCAUGCGAAUGAUGCUCAAGGCUUUGCAUGUUCGCAUUCUUCUAUGGCGUGUCGGGGAGCCUGGAUCCUGGACUUUCCACGUGUCGAACGACAUUGCUCGCGCCCUGGCUAAAUAUCAGUGGGCAGUUGCAAGGGAUAUCAACGAUGCGUUGCCCGAAGGUCACCCCGACCAACUUCCGAGCCACUUAGCUGCCCUUCUCAAGCUUGACUGUGAAGAUGUGAUGAUUGACAGUAUCAUCCAGCGUGCAGUCAAUCUCACAUGGAACAGACCCACACAAGAGGGUACUGCUGAUGACGAAGUGCUGCUCGACGUCGUGGAAGAAGACCCUGCAAUCCAGUGCUCCGUUGAUGCUCUUGCUGCAUGGUGGUCAAGUCACCUCCUUCAGAAUGCGCUGCUCAAAUACCUUGAGGCAAGCGAAGGUGCUCCAGCGUCCAAGGUCAGCCGUGACUGCUUCAAGGAGAAGAUUCGCAUGGCCCUCGAUGCGGCUCCUCGACUCUCCGCAGCUUAUACCCGUGCUCUUGUCAUGAAGGCAGUUUUCUUCGAGCAGGGUCGAGUGCAGAACGUCAGUGCUGUUCUGGCUGCCCUCCCAAAGGAAAAGGGCCAGGGGGAGAAGAACCAUUCUGCCAACUUCCUCGAUUCCUCCCUUCCCGUCUCCGUUCGCGAUGAAAUCUCUGUUGCCGUGCGCUGUGCAAUGAUUGCAGCGAUUGUGACCUCGCGCUCUGCGGGCGAGACGUCUCUUCCUGCAUCAUUCACCAUGCGUAAGGCGAUCAACUGGUUCAAUCAGCUUCCGAUUGACCCGGUCGAACUAAGCUUACUGGGAUUCUCUGCCGUCUAUCACCUGUUGCACCUUUUGGCCUCUAAUGUCGACUACAUCGCAUCAUCCGACUCCUCUGCUCCGUCUUCUCCAGUCUCGGAAGCUAGCUCCUCUGCAGAUGAUGAGGCGGAGGAAAAGCCUCGCUCCGCCGGGCGUAAGAUUGCCAUAUGUCCUCGCGAUAUCCCAAACCUAGGUCGUGUGGCAGCGGAGCUCAUCUAUUGGGUACGGAACGCCUAUAAUCCAGCCUUUUAUGGCUUUUCAUCUAGUCUGGUCGAUGUGAUUGUCAAGUCUUGCACAACCCUCUGCUCUGAGGCUGGCAUCAACGUGGACGACUACUUGGAAGUUGCACCCGAACCCCUCCCCUCCCGGACACGGCGUCACCGUCGUCGUCGGGGAGGAUCCGACCAGUCUGUGCAGAACGAUGCAGACCACGGCGUGAUAAACCUUCCUCUGGGGAAGCCGCUCCAGCGUGAACGGUCCGCUAGCAAUGACACUGGAUAUGGUAGCCUCAGCCUGGAGGAGGAAACCCAGUCUACUGCCAAGGCGCCUGAGCAGGUGCUGGAGUGUUCAACCUAGAUCUCACUCCUUCCUCUUGUUACAGUGGGGGGAUUUUGAUAAAUAAUCCCGGCGUUUUACGGCUUCGCCAUAUUACGGGGUUCUGGCUUCAUUGGAGGGAAUAAGGCGGAAUGUAUUUGGAGUACGAUAUGGCACAUGAGGCGUUUUUCCACUUGUAGAUUUAUUUUUGUUUUUGCAAUUCGUGCAUGUAUCACAUUGGACGUCUCUCGGUUCUUCCGACGGAAUAUACAUUGGUAGUCAACACAAAGAUGGAUAGUUAACUACCAAAAGACAUUUCAUUACAUGCCCUCGUUGGUCAUUGUCACCCGAACCUUUUCUCAAC